AUGCCUCCGCGAACCCCCCUUCAGCCUUCGCUCAAGGCGUUGUCAGGCUCAUUUUAUGGGCACAACUCGCUGGCCGCAUCCUCCCCGGCGCAGACCUUCAUCAGAGCCAAGUCUACCAAACCUCAAUCACGCAAAAGACUUGAGCCAUUUCUGCUCGCUCGUGUUCGCCAACGCAAGGCAGCCAACAUUUCCCGGCAAAAGGUCCUCAAGGAAGAGCGAGAAGGAUCGAUAGGAGAUCCCGUUGCCAGCACCCCGACUCCCUUCAUCGAAGAGAUCCAAGCGAGACAGAAUGAAUCACAACCGUCGUCAGCAGCAUCAGGGUCUCUCAACUAUGCCAUCGACUCUAAUGAGCUCCAGAGGGCUCUGCAGUUCUCAAAGGACCUGGCUGAGCCUCUCGAGAACCCGAACCGCGACACGGCCGAUCCCCAGCAUGAGAAGGAGGCCGUGGAGUUGCACGAGAAGGAGCACCGGAAUGCUCAAGAAGCCAUUGACCGGAUCGUCAACCUCAACAACGCCAACUCGAAGGACCACGUUCGACUGAACAUACAAAAAUGCAUCGAACAAUUCGGGAGACACAACACCGAUUCUACCCUGCCGCCAAAGCCAUCCGCAGUGUUACCGGACGGUGCUACCGUCCAUUCGGAGAAGGUCCCGCGCGUUGGCCGGGACACAGGGUCGGCAGAAGUGCAGGCCGCCAUCCUCACGGUGAAGAUCCUGAAUCUCUCUCGGCACCUCGAGACGUCCAACAAGGAUAAACACAACAAGCGCAAUCUUCAGAUCCUCGUUCAUAAGCGACAGAAGUUGUUACAGUACGUCCGCCAGAAGGAACGCGGUGGACCCCGGUGGCAGCAUUUGAUUGAGACAUUGGGACUGUCGGAUGCUACGUGGAAAGGCGAGGUUUCUCUAUAA